GAGCAGACAAAAAUGGAGGAGAGAGAAUAGAAUUUUCCGCCAGGAGCGCCGCGACGACGACGACGACCAGAGGAGGACGAGGCCUAUAGCUCCAAGCUUCGGCCCACGCCCCGCCCCUUCCCCCGCCCUGCCCGGUACACUAAAAGUCACCUGAAGGUGGUGUAGGGGGGAAACACAUCGGUUCAAAGUGUGUGAGAAAGAUAUAGAGCAUUCUGUCGGAAACUGCUGCAUACCAAGGAAAAUGUCAAGCUAAGGUGCUGGGUUGGUUUCCAGUCUACAGCCGCUCCUGUUGAAUCGCAGUGUGAACGUGCAGCAGAUUAGCAUCCUUUACUGAUGGAUCACCCUGGAAAUGUCACUCGUCAUGAUCACACAAUCGACAUACCAAGGAAUGAUCUGAUGUCGCCGUCAACAUCCCGUCCGGACAAUCAUAAUCACUUGGAUGAGUUGAACCACAACAGAGGUCCUUCAAAUGAAGUUCCUCCUGUCCCAGAAAGUUCUGGCACAGCCGGUAUGCCUGACUUUCGAAGCGCAUCUUUCGUGAGAAGGGAUCAAGUCAAUCGUCAGCAGAAUCCUUUGAAUUCUGGCUUAUGGAUCUCAAUCGAGCUUAUUGUAAAUGUUAGUCAGAUUAUAGCAGCUGCUACUGUCCUGUCGGUAUCAAGGAAUGAGCAUCCACGCGCUCCACUAUUUGAGUGGGUUGUUGGCUAUAUAAUAGGUUGUGUUGCUACUAUUCCACAUCUUUAUUGGCGCUAUCUCCAUCGCAAUUGCCAGAACAUCGAGCAAGAACCAUCAGCCCAGGGUUCAUCUCAAAGGAACAUAUCCGAGUCUGAUUCUUUUGCAGCAAUUUCAUCUGCUCAUGCAUCAGAAGCUGUAAAUGAAGAUAACAACACUGGAGUCCCAAGAAACAAUUUCCCGAUUGCAAGUCCAAGGGUCUACGCAUUGGUUGCGUGCUUGAAGUUGGCCUUGGAUUGUUUCUUUGCCGUGUGGUUUGUUGUGGGGAAUGUGUGGAUAUUCGGUGGCCGCUCUUCCGUCCAUGACGCUCCUAACUUGUACAGGCUGUGUAUAGUGUUCCUUGCAUUCGGCUUCAUCGGCUAUGCACUGCCUUUCAUCCUGUGCACGAUGAUAUGCUGCUGCCUGCCCUGCAUAAUCUCCAUGGUAGGCUUCCACGAGGAUCUGGAUAUGAACAAAGGCGCUACCGCAGAAGUAAUCAACACGCUGGUGGCGUACAAGUACAAGUCGAUGAGGAUCCGCGACGGAGGAGAUGUGGGGGAAGACAAUGGUGGCGUUCUGGCAUCUGGAACUGACAAGGAGCGGACUAUCUCCGCGGAAGACGCCGUUUGCUGCAUCUGUUUGUCAAGGUUCUCGAACAACGAAGAUCUGCGAGAGCUUCCCUGCGGGCACGUCUUUCACAUGGAAUGCAUCGACAAGUGGCUCAAGAUCAACGCGCUGUGCCCUCUCUGCAAGUCCGAGCUGGGCGGCUCAACGGCGGCAUCUCCUGAGGCUGGCCCCGAGGGCCAACACCAACAGAAUGAGAACAGGGAAGGAGGCGACGUCGAGUCACAGCGGUAGCUGUUCUUCUGCUUCGUCCCAUGAGCAUGGGCAUGAGGAUGGAACACGCCCUUUCGCGUGGUGCACACUGACCAACUCCUGAUUUUACGUGACAAGCUAUAAGUAGGACGCAAGUCCAUUUCUCCCAUUCUGGCGGAAUUGUCUCGUAUAUAUUGUAAAUACUCACACCUGCUUAGCUAGUGAUCAUACUCAGUAUUUAUCGAAUGUGGCAUUCACCGGAAACAGUGGUUGGAGCACUGGAAUUGUCUCCAAAUCAUGCAGAAAUUGAACUGUUUCAUGUGAAAUUCCAAAGCAGAGAGCUCAUGACCUUGUAACUAAUUAAUGCCGCACUUCGAGUC